GUGAGCCAGAGCGUGUGCCACUUGCUCGCCAGUCUGUGCUUCUACCUGGUGCUCUACUAUUACUUGGACCAAACCAUUCGCCACGCGAACUGCAGCCGCCAAAAGCCGUGGUUUCUGUUUACGAAAAAACACUGGAAGGGCGUGAUAUUCGGGUACGAGCGGAGUGCGGGAGGUGGGCGUGCCGGGUGGGGAAAACACGGCAAGCAGAUGCUCGCAGGACGACUGGAAAAUAACCAUCCGCCAUCCUCGUCCAGCCCUACUGUUCCUCGUUCGGCUGUUGCACCACGAGCCCAGCAGCAGAAAAGUUCUGGUGGUGCGCAGUCCACGCUAGCACAGGAGGACAAGGUCGAGCUGGACGAGAAAACCGAAAACAGAGCUGGUGACGGCUUGUUGCUGGCUGCGUCAGCUCGUCCGGAGGUACUUGUGCCAGACGACCGGUCCUCCGACGGCAGAAGCAGCAACAGCUCGUGCUACUCACGCAAGCCGGCAACCGCAGCGGACCUGCAGCAGAAGGUCAUGCGGUUGUGGGAAGAGGAUGAAGAGGACGAUGAUGAUGAUGAUGAAAGCACCGGGCUGAUGCACGGAUUAUUUCCAGAGCAGGACUCGUCUAGGAGCUAUCCUUUCGUAAACAGAGUGCGGGGCUUUCUCGGGGAAGAGGACUACGAUUGUAAUGGAAACCUGGUGGAACGUCCCCCAGAGCUGUCCAGCGAGGAGAUCGCCCAGCAAGUGCAGCGAUUGCGCGACGCACAAGCGCAAGUAGAACUGGAUCAUGUAAAGGCGCAGCAGGUGAACAAUAGUAUACAGGGCCGCAGAGAAGUAGACGCUGAAGACGCGGUGGGCGAGCAUAUGAAUAAUGCGAACGCUCGAGGAGGACGUUCGCAGAGUAAACAUCCGCAGCGGGUGGCGCAACUACAGACAUCACAGCAGCACAUGGCAACAUCAUUACAGCAUAAUUUUUAUCACGAACAGAUUCAGGACGAGCGGCUGCUGCGGUGCGAGGUACUGAAUCUGAUUGCCGACAUUCGAGAUUUGCGCGUCACCUACAAGCGGACAAAGGUGCUCCGGGGCGUGAAUUUGAAAAUGUACCCGGGAGAGAUUUUCGUACUGCUCGGCCACAACGGCGCGGGGAAAUCGACAACAAUGAAGGUUCUUGCAGGGUUUAUCUCGGACUAUGCCGGCGACGUGUCCAUUUUCGGGUACAAGAAUCAGAUCGAACUGAUGCGGAAGACUGGGGAAAUUGGUUAUUGUCCGCAACACUGCUCGUUGUUCGAAGAUUUGACGGUGAAAUAUUCCCUGAAAAUUAACCAUCCCCAUCCAAUUUGUCAUGCAAAACAUGUAGGAAAGUCUGUGUUUGUCAUGCAAAAAGUGGAUGGGGAUGGUUAAUUUUCAGGGAAUAUGAAAGAGCAUCUCCUGUUCUACCAAAAGUUGAAGCAGCGAAAACGUGGGGGACGUUUGACGACGAGGGCGGGCGUUCGUUCAGUGACGACCAGCGGCGAACAGCGGCAGCACGACGACGACAAGGGUCAUGAAAAUGAUGAGAAUUAUUACGUCACAAGCUCUUCAAGAACAACUACAGAAGCUGCUAGUGCCUUGCUGGCGGACCAACUGCUCUCCGAUCUCAGUCCGGAAUUGUUCGACUUGCGAGACCAACUGGUGAAGCAGUUGUCGCCGGGCAACCAGCGUCUCCUCACCGUCGCCCUCUCGUUCGUGGGCAAUCCGCGUUUUGUCAUUCUCGACGAGCCCACGUCGGGGGUCGACCCCAUCACGCAGCAGCAGAUUUGGGAGUUUUUGCACAAGUACAAGCGGAGCCGGAUCAUCAUGCUCACCACGCACUGCAUGUUGGAGGCUGAACGCAUCUCCGACCGCGUGGGCAUCAUGAACGAGGGACAGAUCCGGUGCUGGGGCAGCUUCGCGUUCUUGAAGCGAAAGUUCGACUGUGGCUACAAACUGUUGCUGGAGCUGAACAAGGAUUAUUUCCUCGAGCGGAAAGUGGAGAGUAGUGCUCUGUUGUCCAAGUUUGCCGAUCCCUUUCAAUAUAAUAACGAUCAGGAUUACAACUCGCUGGUU